AUGGCGACUUCCACCCCGAUGACGGCCGCUGCCGCCACCCCCAUGACAACCGGUGGCGCCGCGCCGAUGAUGGCUGCUGGCACCGCCCCUAUGACGGCCGCCGUCACCACGCCCCCCAUGAUGGCUGCUGCGACCCCUGCGGCCAAGCCCGUCACCAUCACCAGCGCGCUGGCGGGUGCCCCGCCCGCCCAGUUCAGCACCCUGCUGGCGGCCGUCAAGGCGGCUGGCCUGGCCGACGCCCUGAACAAGCCCGACCUCGCCUACACCAUCUUUGCCCCCACCAACGAUGCGUUCACCAAGCUGAUCACUGCCCUCAAGACCACCCCCGAGAAGCUGCUGGCUGACAAGGCCCUGCUGACCAAGGUGCUCUCGUACCACGUCGUUCCCAUUGGUGUGGCCAAGUCCACCUCCCUCAAGAACAAUCAGAAGCUGGCCACCCUCCUCAAGGGCCAAGACCUGACAGUCGACCUCUCCAAGUGA